AUGGCGUCUUCGUCAAAGCCGUCGAGCUUCCUUCUUUAUACAUGUGUUGCCCACCGCACGACCAUCCUUGCAGAACACUCGUCGCCGGGCUCGUCCGCGACGGCAGCCUCGUCGCUCGCCUCCAUCAUCCUCCCGAAGAUCAACCACGACCGCCCCCAGAAACUGACCUACACCCACGAACGGCUGUUUGUGCACUACAUUGCCGAUUCCAUCCAUGACGGAGACGAUAAUGGGGCCUCCAAUGGGGGAGAAGGGUCCUCGUACGCACCCCUAAGUUACAUCGUGGUCGCCACCGCCGAGCAGGGCCGUCGCAUCCCCUUCGCCUUCCUGCUGGAAAUGAAACGCCGGUUCCUCGGCAUCUACCAGCCGGGGGUGACGGAUUUCGCAUCCUUACCGGCGUACGGGUGCGCGGGGUUCAACACCGACCUGCGCACCCUGCUAGCGAGCUAUAACAGUGCGCCGCCGGCGGACGCGCUGGCGAGUGCCCGGCGCGAAAUUGACAGCGUGCGGGAUAUCAUGACGGAGAAUAUUGAGCGGGUGCUCGAGCGCGGGGAACGCAUCGAUCUCCUCGUCGACAAGACUGAUCGGUUAGGUGGCAGCGCGCAUGAUUUCCGCAUGCGCAGUCGCGGGCUGCGGCGCAGGAUGUGGUGGAAGAAUGUCAAGCUGGUCGUUCUCCUCGUCGUCGUCGUGAUCUUCUUGCUAUAUCUUUUUGUCGGGAUGGGCUGUGGACUGCCUGCUUGGGGGAAGUGUGUGGGAUGA